AUGAACUCUCAACCGAGCUGGCUGCGGGACAACGUCAUCGCCGUCAAUGUGCUUGCCCUCGUCAGCAUUGUGCUUCGGUUCGUCGCUCGACGCAUCCGCAAAGUGGUUAUAGGUGCCGAUGACUAUCUCAUCGUUGUAAGCUUGGUGGAUCUCCCCGCCGAAAGGUCGCUGAUGGUGGCCAAACUGCUCUACGUCUUUGAGAUCAUUUACGUGAUCAACCUCCUAACUAUCAAGCUUUCAAUCUUAAUGAUGUACCGCCGUAUUUUCACCAACAUCUCUCGUCUCUUCCGCGUGGGCGCAAUGAUCUGUGGUGCGGUGGUCACGCUCUGGGCCACUGCUUUCGUGCCCACUGCCAUUUUCCAAUGCACGCCGGUGGCCAAGGCGUGGGAUAUCGAUAUACCUGGUCACUGCAUCAAUCUCCAACUUGGUUUUUACUGCGUCGCGCUACCCAAUAUUCUCACCGAUAUUGCCAUUCUAUCGCUUCCCAUUCGAUCGUGUUGGCAAUUACACAAGAGCGUCCUCUACCGUCUGUCCCUCAUUGGUGUCUUCAUGUUGGGUAUUUUGUGA